AUGUUUUUAUCGACUCUAACACCGUUACUUUUACUUCUAGUUUUACUAUCAAUAUAUGAAACAAAUGGUACAAAUCUUACUUUUAUUCCACAAUCUAUUCAUAUUACAACUGCUGAUCUUCCUCAACCAAAUACUUCAUUAUCAGUUACUAGAACUGCUCAAAUCAUUCCUGUACCAUCAGAUCCAUUAUUCUAUACUCCCACUGGAUUUACAACCAAAUUAUAUAUGAGUGGACUUUCAUCACCACGUUAUCUUAUUUAUACACCAACAAAUGAUAUACUUGUUAGUGAACCAGAUGCAAAUCGAAUAUCUUGUUUAGUUGAUACUGAUCAGAAUGGUUACCCUGACCAAAGAUUAACAUUUGCUGAUGCAUCUAAUGGACUUAAUUCACCAUAUGGUAUGCUUUUUUCUAAUGGAUAUUUCUAUGUUGGUAAUCAAGAUGCAACUCGAAGAUAUUUAUGGACGUCAGGAAGUCGAAAUAUUACAGGUACAGGUGAAAUUAUAAUGAGUUAUUCUCAAGGUGGACAUACAACUCGAACUAUUCUUAUAUCACCCGUUAAUAAUAAAUUAUUUGUUAGCAUUGGUUCAGCAUCUGAUGAUGAUGUUGAAUCAUUGCCACGUGCAUCUAUUCAACAAGCUAAUCAAAAUGGUAGUAAUCAAACAACAUAUGCAUAUGGCCUUCGAAAUGCAGUUGGUUUAGCUUUUCAUCCAAAAACAAAUGAUCUUUAUGUAACAUGUCAAGAAAGAGAUAGACUUGGUGAUGAUCUUGUACCUGAUUAUUUUACACGUGUAAAUGAAAAUGAUUUUUAUGGAUGGCCAUAUGCAUAUUUAAGUUCAAAUUUAACUGAUCCACGUUUAUGUUUUAGUAAUGGAACAAGUGAACGACCUGAUUUAGUAUCAAUUACAAAAACACCUGAUGUUUUAUUUCAAGCACAUUCAGCUGUUCUUGAUAUGCGUUUUUAUACAGGCACUCAAUUUCCAAAUCGUUAUCAAAAUGGUGCAUUUGCUGCAUUUCAUGGUUCAUGGAAUCGAAAUAAUGGAACUGGUUAUAAAAUUAUAUUUAUUCCAUUUGAUAAUGCAACAAAUCGACCAUUAGGUACAUAUGAAGAUUUUUUAUAUGGAUUUUUAACAAAUGCAUCCGGACCAGAUACAUUUGGACGUCCAGUUGGAUUAUUAGUUUUAAAAGAUGGAAGUUUAUUAUUUAGUGAAGAUGGAAAUAAUCGUACAUAUCUAAUACAAUAUAAUCAAAGUGCUAAUAAUAGUAGAGUUCGUGCGUCAGCCCAUGAAUUCUGUAUGACACCAAUUGCUGCAUCAAUGAACGUUCUAGCAGCAUCCGAAGAGCCAUUAUUAGCGCAAUUGUGA